UGUACUGACAGUUUUAAUUUUUGCACUGAUAUUGGUGACAAUUUUUUUUAAAUGCAGAACUCCCAGGGUUGUUAUUUCAAAAGGGAUAAUACGAAAAGGGUAGAUUAUGUUUUAGUAUUUGAUAGAGAAAACUUUGUAAACCUUGAAACAUAUAUACAUAACUUGGAAGGAAUUGGUUUGGAAUUUGAAGUAGCCCAAGGGAUUACAGUGAAUAAGGAUUUUAUUCUUAUACAUAUCCCCCAAAAAGCCUUGGAACAUUUUGGAAAGGUAUUCGAUGUUGGACGAGAGGAAGGAAAGCAGAAUUUGAACCUCAAAAGAUAUUUUAGUUUCGAGGCCCUCCAAACUCCAUUAUCAUAUUAUCAGGACAGUAGAAAAAGAGGGGAAUUUGUAAGUAGCGAGCGAAUUAUUUUAAUCAAUAAACUGUUGGAGAGUACAAAAUAUGGCAGAGAUGAAGAUCAAAGAGGCUUAUCAAAAUUAAUGAAAUUAGGCACUAUUAAUUCAGCAUAUCCAUUACAUGAAGGCCCGCUGAUAUUCGGUCCUAGUGACGUGGUGAAUGCAAAUAAUAGACAAUUAUUACACCACUACUGGGCUAACUUUCAAUUUUGGUACAAAGAAAUACCUUUGGAUAUGAUUGAAAUGUACUUUGGAAGUGAAGUAGCAUUUUAUUUUGGUUGGCUGGAAUUUUUCAAUAUGAUGUUGGUACCUGCGGCUAUUUUUGGAGUAUUGGUGUUUUUUUCGAGCGUUCUGAUGUUGGUCAUUAGAGAUCACAGUCGAGUGAUGGAAACGUGCUCUGCAACUAACAUGUAUCUCUGUCCCACCUGCAGUACUGGAAAUUUAUGCAAGUUCUUGAAAACCGUCUCCGAUUAUUGUUCUUAUGCCAAGUGGGACUUCGUAUCAGAUAACUAUUCUACAGUAAUAUUUUCCAUUUUCAUGUCAAUCUGGGCUACUUUUUUCAUUAAUCUAUGGAGAAGGAGAUCCAAUAUAUUGAAAUUAAGAUGGGAAAUCAAAUUCGAGACAACGGAGAUACAUGCUAGGUAAUAUUUGUUAAACUUUACAACGAUGAAUGCUUGAUCUGGAUAAAAAAUCACUAAUUAUUCAAGAAACCUUCCAUAGGGUC